UUCCAUAACCAAUUUCUCUGUCUAUAAAAUUUACAAGUUUAAUAUUGAUGGAACAAAUCUCUCUGUCUAUAAAAUAAAUGAAUUUUCAGUACCAAAACUUUUACAUCACCACUUUAUUUUUACACUGCACACUUUGCUGCUUGCUCUAUAAUUGUGGUCAGAACUCAGAAUCAUUUUGGUCCCCACACCUAGCUUCAAGCUCAUAGCAUCUUCAUGAGCAGAUAAACAAAAAUCUUUGAAUACUUUUUAGUCAAAUUCGUACUCAAGAACGAAAAAUAUGUAUACGAACAAACCCUAAUUUCACUGUAUUAUAAAGAUUUUUUUUUUUAAUCAAAAUAACAAUAAAUUUCGUGGCAUUUUUGAGACACUCAAAAAUUAAAACAAGAGUAAGAUAAAUAGAGAGUGAGUGGUUUAGAAGCGAUGUGAGCCAAAACAGAGCAAAACUUGACAAGUCUCAUAAGAAACAGAAAGCAGAGAGAGUUUCGUGGGGCACAAGCAAACACAAAGAUGCUUGAGACCGGAUCGAUUUGGGGUUUCACAGGCUCAACGAUGACGAGCCUUAUGUUCUUCUGGGCGAUGUACAACCAAGUCCACAUUGAGAAAUACAUUUACAAGUUGAUGGGAUGGGUUUCGAAUUCUGUUCACAUAAAGUUCAACGAGUAUUCUGGAGAAGGUCUUGAGAAAAGUGAAGCGUUUGACACCAUACACAACUACUUGUCCACGAAAUCAACAGCUCUUGGAAACAGAUUAAAGGCCAACGAGUCUAAAAAAAGCAAAUCUUUGGUGCUUAGUUUGGAUGAUCACGAGACAGUUGAAGAUGUGUUUCAAGGUGUGAAGGUGAAGUGGUCUUCAAGCGUGAGAGAGAACCAGAAUCAGUCUAGUACGAACCGUGAUAAGGGUUUUGCGGAGAGAAGGUACUUGACUUUGAGUUUCCAUAGUCGGCAUAGAGAGAUGAUCACAACGACUUAUCUUGAUCAUGUUUUGAGAGAAGGGAAAGAGAUUGGGUUGAAGAAGAGAGAAAGGAAGCUUUACACUAAUAACUCGAGUCAUGAGUGGAUCUCUUGGAGAUUAGGAACAAACUGGAGCAACGUUUCUUUUGAUCAUCCUGCAACUUUGGAGACUUUCGCUAUGGAUCCAGAGAAGAACAAAGCAGAGAAGGAAGCUUGGAAGAAGAGAAGGAGAAAGCGAGGAAGAUUACUGAGGAAGAAGAGAAGAACAAAGCAGAGAAGGAAGCUUGGAAGAAGAAGAAGAAAGCAGAGAAUGCAGAGAAGAAGAAAUUGAAGCCAUAAUCAGAAGGAAGCUGAUGUAAACGGUGACGUUUGAUUCAUUUCUUCAACUACAAGAAAACUACGAAGAAGGAUCAGAGUUUGCUUGAUGCUAGAUCAAUUAGGAUUAUGAUCGGAAUGUUUCUUGAUGUUUUUAGUUUAUUUGCUAAUUGGAUAUUUUAAGUUCUAUCUUAGAACAUGUUUUAAAUGCUUUUUCUUGGUAAUGGUAAC